AUGAAAACAAUCUAUCAGACUUCAUUUUCCGCCAAAGACAUGUUCCCCUGCUCACUCUUCCCCACCGCGAACCACCACCUGCGCCCGACGAGAGGCGAAGUGAUGAUUUCCUCUCCGUCGCCGGGCGCCUUCGCCCACCCCGGCCGCGCCUUGCAGGUGGAACACAUGUACCAGGCGAUGGGCGAUGCAGCCUACCUUGCCGUUGACCUGUCCGGCGCGAACGAGGAGGACGUGCGCGUCAAGGUUGAUGGACAAAAGCUGUUCGUCACGGCUGUGAGACACAGCGCUAAGAAGGGAAAAAAGAGCGGAGAGGACUUCGUGUACUCGCUCAGGGCCGUUUUCGGACGCGAUGCACACGUGAAGGGGACGACAGUUGAGAGUGUGGAGAACGGGACUGUGGUACUUCGGGUACCAUUCGUUCAACAUGGGCGGAAACAGUGGAAAGCGUAG